CCUACUGUUAAUGUUUCCCACUGUGUAAUGGCGUCUACCCUUUCUAGUAUAUAGUCACGUGACACAAUAGCCCAUCCAUGUCCCUCAGUGCUCAGGGCGUUCAUCCCGUUCUGUGGAAAUGGAGCUUCAUUCGCUGUCAGUCCAUAUGAUAUGACGGCUGAGCCCUUGAAUCCAACGAGGCAGAAUGUAGUUGCCCCCUCCCUUGAUUUCAGUUCCGCCCCGCCAGCAUCCGCCCAGGUUUGCACUCAUGUCCGAUGCUCACAUCCACGUCUAUCCACCACUCAUCCAAGCCAAAAAGCGCAUAGGUAUAUUACCACCACCCAGCCAGGUGGCACAGCCAUCAAUACAACCAAAAAUGUCUAUACACGAUACUUGCUUCGCUUCGCUUCACCUUCGCAUCGCAUCUCAACCAAUCCGUCAGUCAUCAACUCUAUUUCCCUUCCGUCCCAUUCACAUGCAAUAUCAGCCAGACAAAUAGAAAAAGCCCAACGCGCCCAACGCACCGACUCAGAGAUCAGAGAAAUAUACAAACAUCCCCUCCCCGUCCACAGACUACAAGAUCAGUAUAUUGGAAAAGCAGGGAAAAAGACGAAAAAAAGCAGCCCAUGCAAUGCAAUACCGAAAAGCACAAAGCGGGUGUGGUUCGGUCGUCCCGUGCUCCCGGAAACCAUCCAACCCCCAGAAAUCAUCAUCAAAGUCGACGCCGUGUUCUCAUGUGCCCACAUGGGGCACACAGCCAGACUCGCAAGAGAUUCAUCCCUUCCUCUAGAUAGAAAAACGCACCAGCUGUGCUCUUCAACCCUUUUGCGUAUGUGGAACUGCUACUGCCAAUCUCAGUAUGUGUACAUGGUGUAAAACCCCAGAUAUGCGGAAGAGCGGAAUUUGCGAGCUGUGGCCCUGAACCCAACGCCUUUUCUAUGUAUAUGUGAACAUCGAUCGUGACCAUGGCAUAUCGUACAAAGAUACGAGACUAUAUCGAAAGACCACUCCGACGCGGAAAAUGCAGGUGGGCUCGUUUCAUGCGGCAUCAGCCGUGUCCUCCGGCUCGUGGGUGCCAGGAAUCUCGACCUUCUUUACUGUGCCAUUGCUUCCGCUGCGCGCGGACCGGCGAC